GACUGUACAAUAUGUCAGUAAAACUGCUACUAUUCAGGAAAUGUGUUCUUCCGAGAACUGCUUUUUCCAAUUAUUGACACUUCUGUUUACAAGGGCAGCGCUAUAUAUAACGUCGACCUAAAAACAGUUUGUUUACAGUGUUAAGAUAUAUGCGAGCACCAGCUUCGAUGCAUGACACCAGGUACAAACUGUACUGGAGAUAUAAUCAUGAUAUGAUGAAAAUGCUCUGCAUGCAAAUGCAAAGCUCAGUGUAAGUCACUGCAUGUCAGUUGCUGCAAUGAGGCUUAUGUUUAAGGCUUUAGGCUUAUUAUUUCGAGUAGAGCUUAUUGUAGUGACCCCAUGCAUGGGAAGCGUCAUCAACACCACCGAAACAGACUGCGAUUAUUUUACGCAUUAUAAGGUCCGGCUCGAAAACGGAGACGUAACUUGCCGAAGAUGCACGAAGUGUGACCACAGCAAAGGGGAGGGAACUAUAUUUGAGUGCCAAAAUUACACAGACACAAUAUGCGCCCCAUGUAAAGACGGAGAAACGUAUUCUUUGGAAUAUGAUGAAGCAACUGUCUGUGAUGAGUGCAAGAGUUGUGAGGAGGGACAAGAAGUGUUGGAAAACUGCACAAGGUUCAAUGACAUAAAGUGUGGAAUGUGCUUACCAGGUUAUAAGUACGAUGACGUGACGGGGGACUGCAUCAAGGUAGACAUCGUCCAGGUAAAACCAAAAAUAACAUAUGCACAUGACCAAACCGACUUGAUGGCAGUGCCGAUGAAAACGCUCGUGAUUCCAAGUACCACUGAAUUGAUAAAUGCAACACCGACGCAACCAGAUGGGAAGAACACGAAUUCAUAUGUUAUUAUAAUAAUUGUUUUGGGGAUGGCUGUAGUAUCAUCGUUGGUUAUGAUUGUACUUCUUAGACCUAAAUGCGUAUGGCAAAAGAAAAAUGCUAGAGCAGAGGAAGGUAACCGCAUGAUUUCACAAGAACAUACAGCCGAUGAUCAGCCUCUUCGUGGUUAUUAUGAUAAUUUCAUGUCCAAUGACCCUGCAACAGAUGACACCGGACUAAAUAGUCGUAAUCAGGAUGAAACGAUUGUUGGGAUCGCACCAGAGCCAGCGGACCGUGUCAACCAAUGUGACACAGAAUCGGAAUCUGAGAACUGCAACGUUCACUCACAUCAUAGCAGCGAGCAUUUGUAUACGACAACAUGA